AUGUCGAUGAAGACAGAGUUGUGCACGUUGUAUACAUUGAUUUCAAUAAGGCAUUCGACAAGAUUCCGCAUGGUCGGCUGCUCUGAAGGCACGGCUGUCUCUGAGAGACUGGCGGACAUGCAAUCCGCGGUGCUGUCUCUCACCAUUACCGUCACGUUAUCUGUCACCUUCACGGUGUGCGCCGCCAUCCCCGUAUUGGAGGUUCAGUACCUGACCUUCAUCCUGCAAACUGUCAACCGCGCCUUCCUUUACGGCGGACUCCAUACGUACAUCGUCAUUACGUUCCCUCUGUGUCACUAUGGGAAAACCUUGGGGAUGACGCUGGCUCUGGCAGCCGUGGUCUCUCUGCUCCAGUAUCCCUGCUUUAUCCUCGUCAAUGGACCUUUGCAGGGAAACCCAUUGUACUUAAACAUCGCACUGGUAACAUUGAGUUAUGACCAUCCAAUCAAUGUGUAUUUCUACUGCCGACGGGAAAUCCGUAGACGGAUACUCGAAGCCACACCAGUUCCUGCCCAACAAUGAUGGAUAUCUGAGCCGGACAGGGCGGUGCAGGGCGUUUGUAGUUGUUUACUUUGUGAGAUCGUCUGCAGUCGGUACUUGAUACUUCAAUGUAUUCUACUUUCCUAACA